GGAAAAGGCUGCGAAUUCAGGAAAGACAAGUCACUGUGCAGUCACAUGUGGAGAUUCACAAGUGGAGGGACUGGGAGUGAAGAGGGUGGAUGGUACUGGUGGAGCCGCAGCUAGGGACACGAUGGCAGGGAUGGCAGACAUACGCAAAAAACUGGUCGUGGUGGGGGACGGCGCCUGCGGGAAGACGUGUCUCCUGAUCGUGUUCAGCAAGGACGAGUUCCCCGAGGUGUACGUCCCCACGGUGUUCGAGACCUACGUGGCGGACAUCGAAGUGGACAACAAGCAGGUCCAGCUGGCUCUGUGGGACACCGCCGGGCAGGAGGACUACGACCGGCUGCGCCCCCUCUCCUACCCGGACACAGAUGUCAUCCUCAUGUGCUUCUCCGUGGACAGCCCGGACUCGCUGGAGAACAUCCCCGAAAAGUGGGUCCCCGAAGUCAAACACUUUUGUCCGAAUGUGCCUAUUAUCCUAGUGGCCAACAAGAAGGACCUGCGCAACGACGAGCACGUUAAGAACGAGCUGUCCCGGCUGAAGCUGGAGCCGGUGAAGGUGGAGGAUGGCCGCGCCAUGGCCGCUCGCAUUGGCGCAUAUGACUACAUGGAGAGCUCGGCCAAAACCAAGGAGGGGAUCUGGGAAGUGUUCGAGAGCGCCACCCGGGCGGCCUUAAAGAAGCGAACCACACAGCAGGGUGGUUGUCUGAAAUGCUGCGUGUUGAUGUGAAUCCACUUCCUCUGAGUGGAGGACCACGAAUGCGCAGAAGGACGUUGGCACCUCCGGGGUGUGUGUGUCUGGACACGGACGGGCAGGGACCACGGUGUGGAGCCCCCCAUGUUAGCAGGCGACCUUGGCUGAAUGACUGCGAACAAGUUGUUUUUUUGAACACACUCGAUGAUCAUCUGUGAUCAGUGUGUGUGUCUGUGUGUUCGUGUGUGUGUGUGUGUGUGAGAAAAGCACUGGUCACAGUAUGUUCUUUGUGGGUCACAUGAUCCCAGUCUGACUUGUGGAGGGGUAAAAAAAAGAAAAAGGACACACUCCUCCACCCUGUGUCUGCUGUGUGGACAGGGCCUGCUUCCAGCCAAGAUUUUGAUUUCACACUUUCUUUGUGCUUCAAACUGUUUGUAUAGGCCACUGCCUCACUGCCACGGUUUUACUUUGUAAUAAGCAAAGCAGUAAUAAAUUGCACUCGUUAUUUAUGUCCAUGUGUAUUGUAAAAAAGAAAAGAAAAAUACUGUAUUCAAUUUGGGAGAUUGCACAGCACCUGUAAACUUAGGCAAUUUACAGAGAGUUUUAUAAAGCCUGCACGUCGGUGUACGGAGACCCACAGUGUUCUGUAUAGCUUCUUUGUGUUUUAUGCCAUUAGUUUACGGUCCAUGACAUCAGCUGUCUCAGGUCUGUCAGUUGGAUCGACAUCCACUCAAUGCAUGUUUUUGACUCCACAGUAUUAUUAAGUUUGAUAGUUUUUAUGCAACAGGGCACAUUUCACCACUGAUGGAGUAAACUACACAUCGACCAGUCUCGAAAAGGGCUUCACAUAUUGUCCAGUGUGUUUGUGUUAAAGUAAAGUGGGCAAGCAAACAGUUAACCUUGUGUUUCUCCUCAUGAAGCAUUCUUCCACCCUCAACUUUAUGCUUGGCCUUGACUACACUGACUUGUUUGGGCAGGACAUUGAUGAAAUAGAUGCUUUUUUUGAACAUGGAUUAUUACAACUGUGUAAGAAAAAGCUACAGCUGCUUUUCUUGCAGCUCAACUGAACCAAAUUAUUAAGUAUCACAGUACAUAUGUGAACUCUUGGAAUCCAGAAUCCAAGUUUCUAAGACUGUCAUUUUCUACAUUGAUAUGAGGGAUAUUUCCAACACAAGGUUGAGCAUGUGAGAUGGUUUAACAUGUGAGUGCUUUGCUCAGAGAAACAUGUUGUCUUAGUAAAUGUCAUGAAAAGGAGAGUGGGCUACAUGUGAGCUCCAAGAGCCAGUAGCACACUCCCAUGUGAUUAAACCAUUUGGCGGCAAUAAAACAUUUCAAGUGGAAAUUAAUCGUAUGUUAUGUUAUGAUAACCACAGUCUUAUAUUUAUAUAUAUGACACAAACUUAAAAAAAAGGGUAUCCCUUUGACUGAAACACAGACUGAAACUAAAUGUAAAGUAGUAAAACUAACUGUUGAAGCUGUAGAAAGUUUGUUUACAGCUGUCAAACUGAAAUAUGUCUUGCUGAGACGCACACACACAAGAUUCCACCUUAAUGUCGACCUGUACGACUGAAUGUACCUCAGAUGUGUGUGUGUGUUCAGGAACUUUGAGGUCGGCAACAGAGAUCAACUGCACGCCAGCUAAGUUUCCAUUCUUGCGAAAUAAAUUCUGUUCACGUUGGAUCUGUGUCUUCAUAAAGCGUUGUGUAACUGUCCUCUUACGCUAUGGUGGGAGUGCCUGGUCAAAUGACAGCUAUGAACAUCAAUUACAGAGGCUAUUGCUACACUGACAAUGCAGGGCAGAACCCUGGUUGAUGUACAACGUGAGCUCCUCUUUUAAUGCUAUUUCGAAGACAAAAAGCUCAGUUUCACUCUAAUGUGUCAUUUUCUGUGGUCCAAUAAUAGCAAGGAUAAAUCAGAGUGUGAAGGAGAGAAUCUUUAACAAAUCCAACCAGGGUUACGAUGGUGUAAAAGUCACAUUCCUCGCUGCCUUCUGUUGCUGGGUUUUUUGCUGACUUACAGAGCAGGAAUGCAUUGUGCUGGAUUGGUUAAUUUUUCCCACACUGGCCCCCCUCAUGUGCCUCUGAUUUCCAAUGUUGUUGGGUUAUUAUUCACUGACGGCCAGACAGGGCAGUUUUCAUCUUCUCCAACAAUAGAAUCACGCAGAAGGAAAAUAAAGAAGCGUUUUAGGGACUGAACCAAUGCAUGAUGUAAUAAUCUUAAAGGUUUGAACGGUGGAUGUCAAACAAUGGAAAUCUUUGUAAGGAAAAACAAUGCAGAAUGUAAGGGAACAAGCAGUACUUUUUCUUGGAAACUCAAUAAAAAAAAUCAAUGUGUCACCA